GAAAAAAAAAAAAAAAAAGAUUCCACCUUUAAUUACAUCCCUCCAUCCCAAAUCUCUUCUUCCCUCUCACAAGGACAAGUUAUUCUCCAACCUCACAUUCCAUUUCCAAAAUCUAAAUCCAAUCUCUCCAUUACAUGUCCGUUCUUCACUCCUUUUUCUCAAUUCCCCCUCACAAAACCUCCAUUAACAACCCCAAGAACAAGAUUACCAAGUUGCAAUGAGGCUGAUUGUGCCUUUACAAGGUGUUGUUCAAGGAAGAGGUGGCUUAAUUUUAGGCUCAAUUAUACCUUGUGCACUUUUUUACUUCUUCCAACUUUACUUCAAAAAAAAUCGCAACAAUAACAAUCUCUCAUCUUCUUCUUCUCCUCCUACACUUUCGCCUACAUCUUCCAAUGUUGAACUUCAUCGUUCAUCAUCAAGGGCAAGUCUUUCAUCUGCCCGUUGUUCAAUUGGACCUGCCCGCAUUUCUAAUCGGGCUUCUGGGCUUGCCCGACCCAAUGAUUCACCUUACUAUGUGGGUCUUGAUAGGGCUAGAGAAGAUGCUUAUCAUGAAGUUGAUAAUCCUGAUGGUGUUAUUCAACUUGGUUUGGCUGAAAAUAUGUUGUCUUUGGAUUUGAUUGAGAAAUGGGUUGCAGAGAAUUGGGAUGGUCUGAUGGUCAAUAAUGGUGAAUUGGGUAUUAAUGGGAUUGCUACAUACCAACCAUUUGAUGGAUUGUUGGAUUUGAAAAUGGCAAUGGCCAAUUUUAUGUCUAAAGUUAUGGGGGAUGUCUCUUUUGAUCCAUCACAAUUAGUAUUGACCGCCGGUGCUACUCCUGCGGUAGAGAUCCUUUGCUUCUGUCUGGCUGACCACGGAAAUGCUUUGUUAAUUCCAGCACCGUAUUAUUCUGGUUUUGACAGGGAUUUAGUACGUACAGGGGUGGAGCUAAUACCCGUUCAUUGUCGUAGCACUGACAACUUCACAUUAAAUAUUAAUGCCCUCGAUCAGGCAUAUAAUAAUGCCCGAAAACGUGGGCUAAAAGUUCGUGGGAUCCUCUUUUCAAAUCCUUCUAACCCUGUAGGCAAUAUAUACUCACGGGAUACACUGUGCGACCUUUUAGAUUUUGCCCGGGAGAAAAACAUUCACAUUAUUUCCGAUGAAAUUUUUGCGGGGUCAAUCUAUGGUGAUAGUGAAAAGUUUGUUAGUAUGGCGGAGAUUAUCGAAUCAAUGGACCUCGACAAGAAUAGAGUUCACAUCAUAUAUGGGUUAUCCAAGGAUCUUUCUCUUCCCGGCUUUAGAGUUGGGGCUAUCUAUACGUUUAACGAGAAUGUAUUAACUGCAGCCAAGAAGCUAGCUCGGUUUUCCUCAAUUUCUACUCCGACACAGUGUCUGGUAGUAUCGAUGUUAUCCGACAAAAGUUUUCUUGACGAGUAUAUGCAAAUUAAUGGACAGAGGUUGAAGAAGUUGCACGAUUUGUUUGUUGCCAGUUUAGCAGAACUUGGAAUACCAUGUGCAAGGAGUGACGGGGGAUUAUAUUGCUGGGCUAACUUUAGUGGAUUUCUUAAGUCAUUCAAUGAAAAAGGAGAGCUCGACUUAUGGGAUAAGCUACAAACUGUCGGUAAGGUUAAUAUAACUCCUGGAUCGGCUUUUCACUCCAUUGAACCUGGGUGGUUUCGAUGUUGCUUCACUACAUUAGCCGAAAAGGAUAUUCCGUUAGUUAUGGAACGGUUAAGGAAUGUUUUUGAGAGCUGCUAAUCACCUAGUUGAUGUGCCUUGAGCAAAGUAAUUCAGAGCUAUGUUAAUUGGACACGGGUACUGAUGUCGGAUACUGGUACGUGUCUAAGUGUUGAAUACGUCUAAAUAUUCUAUUUUACGCGUAACAUGAAGUGUCUAAGCGCCAUAAAUUUUCGAGCAUCAAGAAUCAGACACGGGUACGCAAAGCCAAAUGAAGAGUCUGACUAACAUAGCUUUAGAGUUUCGAUUUGAUAGAUCGUGAACAAGUGAUCAGAACCCGCAGAAAUGUUAAGUAAGCAUUGUUUAUUUCAAAGUUCAUCCGAGGAUAAUAGUUCGUUCAGUACGAAAAUAUACAAAGACUAUAUUCUUUAGCUAAACAUACUGCAACCCUACAGAUACCAAUGAGAAAUAAGGCCAAAUUCUGUGGAAUGCUAUUCUAAGAGAGUUUUAAUGUCAGAAAUUCCUUGCUCAGCAUUUUUGCUAGUCCGCCGCCACUCGCCACAAUGUCGAAACAUCCUUGAGGUUUGUUCUUUGCGAUUCCCUGCCAUUUUCCAACCCGGCAUGUUACUUAGGAGCAGUUUAUGCAUAUAUAAAGUUUGGUUCGUUUUAUCUUUUGUUUUUGUUACAUGGUUGAACUGCUACAGCUUACAUAGCCACUAAUGCGCGUUUAUUUUUCUUCGAAAGACGGGAGUUGCACUGUUUUUGACAUGCAUGAUUAAUGGAGUAAAUACUCGAGAUCAGUUUUGCGUCUAUGCGUUACGUGUUGGUUAAUCAUGCAGUCUAAAGCGUACUUGCAUUCAAGUUUUUUCUUACUAAUUAGGAAAUGAUUAAAGUUAAUGAUCCGAAACUUAAUAUUAAAGUUUAUUUAAUUUGUUUUUAUGUAAUUUAUUAUAGUGAUUGGUUUGAAAGUUGACCUGUAUAGAAGAAAAAUACCUUUUUCUGAUUGUGUUUCAUCAUAUUUACUGCUUUUCUGCGAUAACUUCUUCGUCGACUCUGCAUGAUCAGCUCUCCUAAUGUGCACGGCCUUCUAAUGAUGCCACUUCGUCUGCCAUCACCGAUGAGUCUCUUAUGCUCUUCCAGAAAAGUAGGCUGUUUCUUUUCCGGGUGCUUUGCUAUCUCGGUAAUGCUCGUUCCAUGUUCAAGAAAUCUGUUUUUCGGUGGAUACAAAGGAAAAAGUUGUGCCAAAAAAUCAGCACCCUUUAAGCUUUUAUAUCCGGUUGUAUUGUUAGUCGGACUCUUGCUACUUUCUGGCGAAAACGGAGCCUCAAAUGUAUCGUACACAUCACACGGGUGUGUUAUAUACGGGUUAUGCAGUGGUGUGACCCGAUUCGCCAGAAGCGAAGGGGCAGAACAGAAGGACUCCUCCGACUGUACGCUCAUAGCAUCGAAUUCCAACUCCGACAUCCAAUCUUGAUCAUCGUAAUCAUCACCAUAUAAGCUAUCGCCUUCAUCACUCUCAUCCUCGUACUUGCUGAAGUAUGCAGGAGGCAAGGGUAAACUCUUAUCUUCUGGUACCGUUUCUUGGGUCAUACGUUUUGUUGAACCUCGAGCAAAACACCGGAGUGGAGUCCCGGGUUUCUCCUCCCAUUUGAAGGGAACCGAAGCAACAUACUUUACCGGGAGAGGGGGAACAGGAUCCAAUGGCUCGUAAUCGAUCUUUGGUUUCCAAUCCUUUUUGGGUGCUCCCGGUGUUUCUUCCCACUGAAAUGGUAUUGUUAUCUUCUGCUUGAUUUUAACUCCACACUCAUUUUUCUCUUGGUUUUCCUUGUCCUCCAUUCUAGAGAAAACAACGACAAUAUGUAUGUAUGUAUGUAUGAAUGAUUGAUUCUAGUGCCUUGAUUGUUUUGGCCUUACGGGUGUGCUAAGUUACCCUUUAUAUUAAGGGUUUUAGAGGCUUUUAUGGGUUAGAAUUAGUGGGAAAAUCAACUUAAUUUUGGCUAACCUAAUCCUAAGUCUAUACUUGGUUGGGAUUGUGCCAAAUUGGAUUUGGUAUACUUAAUUCAAUUCUCUUCUUAACAUUUGGCAUUAACCCACUUGGUUAAUGGUAUCUUACUUGUUAAAUCUUCUUAUA